CUCCCUACGUGGCAUCCAUGGUUCAACUGUCCAAUACCGGGGAGGCUGAACUCGCGUUUUGCCUUGUGAAGCCGAAACGCGCGGCGCUCCUAGGGUUCCCCCUGCUCCGCCGCCGCUGCCGGCCCCCUCCCCCCACCCUCCUGCGCCUCCGGCCGCGCGCGCCGCGCCGCGCCCCGCCUCCCUCCUCCCUCCCGGCCCGCCCCCCGCGUCGCCUCCCCGAGCGAGGCGACCGGGGGGCCAUCUCCCCGCCCUCCAGCGCCUCCCCCUCCCGUUCCCCUCCUCUCGCCGCCGCCGGCCUGCGCCACCGGGCCCUGCCCGCGUGGUGUUGGCGGCGGCGGCGGCCGUCCCUUCCCCGCGCGCGGUGCCACGGCUCGGGUGGUGGCGUCCCGCGGCGGUGCUCCUCGGUCAACGGUGAUUCCGGCAGCGGCGGCUGCUCCUGGCGGCGCAGCUCCGGGUGGCCUAGAGGCGGCGGCGCAGCCCCUUGGCGGCGCGCUGGCGCGGUGGAUGGUGGCGGCGCCCUCCCGGCCCAGAUCUGGGCCCUUUUGGGCCCCAUCUGGGUCUGGGCGGGCCUGACUCGGUCUCGCCUGCGGGGGGUGGUGGAGAUGGCGGCACGUCUACUGCAGCUCGGCGACGGGUGCUUCACGAGCCCCUUUUGGGCUCGGCCGGGCCUCGAGGGCCUGGUACGCUCCCCUUGCCGCGUCCGGUCGGUGACCGCCGAUGGUGGUGGAGGUUGUCUCCUCCGGCGUGGCUGCCCUCGCUGCCGUUCCUCGUUCCCGGCUGCUCCCUCUCGUCCUCGUCGGUCUCGCUUCGAUGACCACGGUGAGGCGGCGGUGAUGAUGGCAAGUCCGUGGUGGCGCACGUUCGUGGGUGGCUUGUCUGGUGGUGCGUGUCGGACCGUUCGGGGUUGUGGGUGUUUGGCGGAUGGGAGAAAUCCGGGCCGGCUUGCCGGCACCGACGCGGUGACGCCCGUGGGCGCCAUCGUUCCUUCCUAAAGGGCGUCGGGUCUUCCCCUUCCCCACGCCCCUCCGCGUACCGGGGGAAACCCUAGGACCUGUCCGGGCAGCAGCGUCGUCGUCGUCGUGUUCCUUCCUGAAGGUGCUGCUUGGUAUGCGGAGGUUCGAGGUGCCUGGAGCGAGGUGGUACAUCUCCGGUGGGCGCAACGGUUUUGGGUUAUCAUCGUUUUCGUCGAUCCGACGCUGUGGACAUUAUUUUCUCUCUUCUUUCUCUUUUGUUUCUUUUGGGCAUGCUUGUGCUGUUUGCCCCAGCAUUGGACUCUUUGUUGUAUCGGGCGGUUGCUAUAUCAAUAUAGUGGGGCGAAAGCCUUUUUCGUAAAA